AUGUUUAAAGCUUAAUUAAUAUACAGCGUGAUGUCUAGCAAGAAGAGUGAAGAUAUUCAAAAGACUCAAAUGGACCAGAAUGCGGAGAAAGUUGUAGUGCGGCGACGAGGACUCGCGGAGAAACUGGUAGACUACAUGAGGAGAAGGUUUCAGCAGACAUCAGAGGAAGAGCUGGAAGAAAGCACGACCCUGCCACCGCGCUACCGGCCGGAGCCGCCGGACGCGCUCGCAAGAGCCUGCCGCUUCACCCCGCAUGAGAUCAAACUUAUGUAUCGGGGCUUUAAACAGGAGUGCCCGACGGGAAUGGUGGACGAGGAAUCCUUCAAGAAUAUAUUCUGUCAGUUCUUUCCACUCGGAGAUGCGACACAGUACGCGCACUACGUGUUCAACACGGUCAAACAUAAGCAAAGGGGAAAACUUAAUUUUGAGGAGUUUCUAGAGACCCUCUCCCGCGUGGCGCGUGGCUCAGUACAAGAGAAGCUAUCAUGGGUGUUUGCGCUGUACGACGUGGACGGCGACGGGCGCAUCUCCCGCGCGGAGAUGCUGGCCGUUGUGCAGGCGGUGUACGAACUGCUCGGUCGGGCUGCUGUGCCCCCAGUCAGCCAGACUUCAGCUAAAGACCAUGUUGAUAGGAUCUUCCAUCUGAUGGACGUAGACGCGGACGGCGCGGUGACACCGGAGGAGCUGGCACGAUGGUGCGCGCGCGAUCCAGCACUGCUGAGCUCACUGGACACACUGGAUACAGUGCUCUGACGCGCGCCGCACGACCUGCGCAGGAAUGCAGAAGCGCAGGCGUCGUGCUCCACAGUCGAUGACGUCAGCGGCCCGCCCUCUCCGCCGCGCCCCACGCCGCCCCCGCCGCCUCCCCGCAACCCGCCGCCGCGCCCCGCGCACCCCCCCGCGCCCGCACUCCUCACUGCCACCAUGACGGAGGAGGUUGCUCCUCGGAAGGCAAAGCGACGCGGACGUCACACUUCUACCACUCACAAGACGCGGUGAAGGAAAUUAAACCUUAGUAGUGUACACGUAGGGAUCAAGUCUCUGUCUACAUCUCGCUCAAAAUAUCUUAUAAUUACGAUUUAAAAUUAACAAGUAGCAAGUAAUACGAAAGAAUGCAAUAAUUAUAAUGAAAACAUGUGCCAAGUUAACAAUAGAAUAAAUAAAAAAAAAAUCUUCGUCUAUCUACUAAUUGAUUUAUUUAUUCAAUUAAUAAAAUUGUAUUAGGGGAUAAAGUCAGCAGAGGAACUGUUUCGCCUUGCGCUUGACAGAACUAAAUAUUCCAAGAUAGCGGCCAACCUUCAAGACUGAAGAGGCACUAGAAGAAGAAGAAUAAAAUAUUAAAUAUCGCGCACAUAAUUUGCAUUUCUUCUGGCGACAUUUAGUACUUUCUCAUGUCAAAGUUCUGCAACAAACAAAGCUUUUGUGUACAAG